AAACAUGGACAGUAAAUGUUUAUUUUUUUCACAUGUCAUCAAAGGAUGGCCCAUCCUUAAUAAUUAUAUACAUAUUCACAUAUGCGUGCAUAUAUAUAAAUUAUUCCCAUUAGAUAUAAAUUAUACAUCAAAUGUAAAUUAUAUAAGUAAAAUGUAAACUCUAUACAUUUAAUAUGAUUUAUAUGCAAUAAUGUAUUAUAUACAGUAAAUGAAUUAGAGGCAUUAAAUAUGAAUUAUAUAUUAAAAUAUGAAUUAAAACCAGUUAAAUAUAUAAAAUAUGUUAUAAUCUAUAUAAAAUAUAUAAUUUUGCAUGUCCUCAAGGACAUGGAAUUAUGGAAUGAGCCAUGAGCUCUAAAAAAUAAGUUAAAAAACAGAGGGGGAACCACUCUGGAAACCAGUCUGGAGGUUCCUCAGAAAAUUGGACAUUGCACUAACUGAGGACCCAGCUAAACUUCUCCUGGGCAUAUACCCAAAUGUUAUUUUAACAUACAACAAAGAAACAUGCUCCACCUUGUUCAUAGCAGCCUUAUUUAGAAAGAAGCUGGAAAGAACCCAGAUGCCCUUCAACAGAGGAAUGGAUGCAGAAAAUGUGGUACAUUUACACAAUGGAGUACUACUCAGCUAUUAAAAACAAUUAACUUCAUGAAAUUCAUAGGCAAAUGGACUGAACUAGAAAAUAUCAUCCUGAGUGAGGUAACCCAAUCACAGAAAAAAACACAUGGUAUGCACUCAUUGAUAAGUGGAUAUUAGCCCAAAAGCUCAAAUUAUCCAAGAUACAAUCUACAGACCACAUGAAGCUCAAGAAGAAGGAUGACCAAAGUGCUGAUAAUUCACUCCUUCUUAAAAGAGGAGCUGCCUUUCCUGUAAUCACCCUUACUCCCCCAGUUCUCCCAGUUCCUGUAUUGAUUGACUGAUAGGCUCUGGGAUUGGUACUAAGCAUGAAGGACUCUAAGUGUCUGGAUAGUGAUGUAGCUUCAUUUUUAAUGAAGACUCCCGUCACAUUCCCUUUUGAAAUGAUUUCUGAUUGAGAAUGAAGACUCUUGAACCAGUGGACUGUAGAUGUGAUUAGAGUUCCCAAGUGGGCCCCGGGGUUGAUGGAAAGGAGGGGUGUUCCCACUUGCAUGCUUUUGUGCUCUCAUUGCCCAGUAUGGUCCUUUGGGGGAUAGCAGUACAGCACCACACAAUGGUCAACAUUUAGGCCAUCUCUGUCCCCCUAUACAGGUAAUCAUUUCCAAGCUGGCUCUUCUGCCAUUCUGUCAGCUGGUUGCUUUGUUGCUAAAUAGGUCAAUAGAUUCCAAGUAAUGUACCAUCUGACCAAUCCAGUAGCUUCUAUUAGAAAUCUGAGAAGAGCUAAGUCUCAUUUGCUGUUAAGUGGGUUUCUUGUUCUGAUGCAAUGAUAGGAGGAAUCAAAUUGGUGAACCAAACAGAACAUAAAUUGAUGACAUCGUUCAAGUUUAAUGAAGUGAGUUCAAUCCCUGGAUCUCUUGGUUGAAAGAGAACCAGAUCCUGAAAGCUUUCCUCUGACCUCUACACACACAAUAGUAAAAUUAAAAAUUAAAUAUAGUUCUUUUGGCUGAGAUCCUGAAGUAACAAUCAUAAAGAUUAUCCUAUCCUAUAAAUGGCUUUUCUUUCCUGAGUGUAAAGAGUCCAAUAUGAUCAAUUUACCACCAACUGGCUGGUUGUUAUUUUCAAGUGUUACCUCCCCACUUUAUACUACACAGCCUCUUGGCAAUGGUUUCUGCUGGUGGCAGAUUGCACUUGUUAGAUUAACAUCAGCGAGUAAGAGUCCUACAUCAUGAAGUAGGUCCAUGUGUGGCUAGCGUCCUGAUAGCUAUGCCAUCUCUGUUCCUGAAUCUGUUGUGCCAAUGUAAAGAUGGUUGAUGGGAAAGCUGAUUUACAGACCAUUGAAAUGGUUUAGCCAGUAAAGGGUCCUGCUGCCAAGUCUGAUGACCUGAGUUUGAUACCUGAUAUCCACAGAGUGGAAGGGAAAAUCUGACUCCUACAAGCUCUCCUCUGACCUUCACACUUGUGCGAAGACAUCUACCUGUCUGCACAUUUGCAUAUACUCAUACAAAGAUGGGGGGUGGGAGGGAGAGAGGGAAGAGAUUCAAUAAUUUGAGAGGCAAUCUGGGGGACAUGGGAGGAGCUAGAGGGCAGAAAGAGAAGGGGCACAAAUAAUUAGAUACAAUACAUAUGCUGAAAUUCUUAAAAACGUUUAAUUAAAAGAGGUAGAGCUGGCACUUAAGAGAUGUUAACACAGAUUUAAGCAUAAGGUUAAUAAAGAAGUGCUUGAGCAGAGGGAAGCGUCCUGUCAAGCAUAUGGGUGUCUGCUUCUCCAGAAGAGUGUGCAAUUAUCUUUGUCAGAUGGGGCUCCGGGUCUGGGGGCCCAAGUUACAGGUUACUGUUUCCUAGAACAAAAUAAUACCGGACAUAGGAACAUGAUGGAAAUAGAGGUUCUAUAACGAAAGAGAGAAGCUCUCCUCAGUAUGGGGGGAGUCUAGAGAGGUGGGGCAGGACCAGUCCUCAAACAUCUUCAGUUCCCAAUGUCAUGACCCUUGUAGGUUAUUUAAACAACUUCAGCCUUCUCCCAUGAUAAGCUUCUGGGAGGAAUUUCUAGGAUUUUGGGCAUCUUGCUUUCUUCAUGUUAAUCUUAAUGCUUUUAUUUUCUUUUUUAAUUCCCACUGUAUUUGAAUUUGUUAUAGUUGUAUAUAAUGGAUAUUGGUGACUUCUGAAGUUGCACCUCCAAGGGCUCCUAAUGAAGAUUAAAUGUGGCUACAGUGAAGUUCUGAGGUGAACUGGAUAGAAUAUAGCUGACAGGUAAAAACAAAAUCUAAGUCAUAAGGAUGUGUGGGGAAGUUGGAUGUUUUCAGUGUUUACAGAAGUUAAUAUUUCAUUGUGAAUGAAAUCUGCCUGCAUCCACAUUUGGGCACACAUGCACUCCCACACAUACAUACAACACACACACACACACACACACACACACACACACACACACACACACACGGGCAGUGGGGAAGACAAAAAGGCAGAGACACACAGAGAGAAAGAUUCUCAUUUGAGAUAUCUACAAAAUAUCUGGGAAAGAAGGUGGUCUUCUAAUGUCAGAUACAUUCAAGCCUUACAGUUCAUUGGUAUUUUAACAUUCUUACUUGAAAAUAUUCCUAUAUGACAGGAAUAAUGUCUUUCUGUAGGCAACCUUCAGCACAAACAUUAAUUGUACUCUAUUGGCAGCUGGCAAAAGGUAUCAGAAAGACUCUGUGGUAAGGGACUCCUUUCUUCCCUAUGUCCCCACAAUUUUCCAUUUCUAUCCUCCCUCAAGUCUCCCAAAUUUCCAUUCUUCUGGUGGAGCUACUCCAUUGGCUGAUAGUGAGAAUCUAGCCAGCUGUGAGUUACUGUAGUAAGACCAUACAGAUCUGAUAUGAAGAGUUCAUAAUGUGUGAGAUCAGGUGACAAUACUUAAUCUUAGAGGAAAUGCACAGUAUUACAUUUCCCUGCAUGGUGAAAUCCCUGUUUUGAGUAUGUAGUGUUAGGGAAACUAGAGAAGUUGCAGCUGAGGCUACCUGAAUAAACAAUGACUGAAGAUAAUGAAUCUGCAGGAAGAGUAGGUGGUGUCUGACGACAAUUUUGAAAGAUGAGAGGAGACCGAUGAAUAUUAUGGGAAAUGUUAGAAAAAGAAACAGAGCCAGAGUCAUUACAUUAGUUAAAAAAAAAAACAAAAACAAAAACAGAUUUUACUCAGGGACAAGUACAAUAGGGAAAGAGACCUUAGAGUAUAAAAUAGGGCUCAAUUACUAUAUUGCAACCAUUUCUAAGUAAAAUCUGUUUUUAAUCUCUUCCUCCUUGUUUUUCAAGAAAGGAGAUGGUGAUUCCGAACAUUUGAGAUCAAGGCAAAAGAAUGAAAAGUCCAGGGAGGUCUACAGCAAUUUAAGGAAGAAAAAAUGUAAUCUACCGAAAGUACUCAAGAGAAACAAGAAUUCUCUAUGGGGGAAAGCCACGUUGUAGUCGGGGAAAAUAAAGGCUGACGGUAGGGUUUUUGUAGGACCAAAUCUGUUUAGUGGUAAACAGAAAACAAAGGAUUUUGCAUUUACCACUGGGGAAAAGGUGAGUCUGAACAAGGUUGCUUGGAUGCUGGGUGCCAGGAAGUAUAGACUUUGGUCUCUAGUGCCAAAUGGGAGAGCCUAGGGCAGUAGGGGUUCCUACAACUCAUUAAGUGUUCUUCUGAUAAACGCAUGAAGCACAAAGCAGUCGCUCCCUUCCGGACCUCCGUUUACCCGCAUAGCACAAGCACAGCUCUGGGGCAGAUAGUCAGCGUUCAGGAGCCUUGUCUCGGUCGGCUUAACGCAGGUGUCCAGGCCUUCCUCAGACCGUGCAGGGAGACACGUGCGCUGACAAACAGCGGCCUGGAGAGGGCGGGGUGAGAGGAAGGCCAAGCUCCGCUACCAUCCUGGGACGCCUUCGCCUUCCCGCGCUCUCCGGAGACCCACGCGACCCGGCGCUGCAUCGGCGGCCCGGCCUACAACAAAACCGGAGCAGGAGCCUGAGGAGACGGAGGGCGCGCGCAGCUCCGGUGCCACGUGACGCGACCCGCCCACGUGACCGGUGGCCCUGGCGCUAGCGCUCGCACCGGGGCUGUGGGGAAGGAGCCCAUUAAGGCGGCGGCGCUGAGGGCUCAGGGCCUGGCCCGGAGGCCUGACAGGUAGAGCGCUGCAGGGCGGAGGUGCGGCGAGCCGGGGAGCCGGGCGGGGCCUUGCUUGGCCGCUGCGAAGUCCGCGCCCUCCCGAGGGCCGUGCGCACCAGGCGCGUUCGCGACCCUUCGGCGACGCGCACUCUGCACCCCCGGCGUUCUGUCCUGCGGGAACUUCACCCAGGUGUGCGGCGGCGAGCUGAGUAAAUGGCGUUGCCCGCGGCCUGCCUCUGAGGAAACUCGCUGCCGGUCCCACUGGAGAGGAACACCAAGCACGCAGGAAAAGGCCUGGUUUGAAGGUUCCAGAAGGAUUUGACACAUUGGGGAAGUGAGUGAUCCAUUUCACUGAUGCGGAGAUGUCAGCUGAUUUAUAGGAGUCAUCCAAAGCCACAGUCAUGGUAGAUGUAGGAAAGUGGCCAAUCUUCACUCUGCUCUCGCCCCAGGAAACUGGAUCUAUCAGGAAAGCAUGUGUCUUUGGAAUCUCGGCCAGCGAGGCGAUCUAUGUCACUGACAGUGAUGAGGUCUUCGUGUUUGGACUGAACUAUAGUAACUGUCUAGGAACUGGAGAUAACCAGAGCACCCUGGUGCCCAAGAAACUAGAAGCUUUGUGUGGAAAAAGGAUCAAAAGCCUUAGUUAUGGGAGUGGUCCCCAUGUCCUCCUCAGCACUGAAGAUGGAGUCGUCUAUGCCUGGGGCCAUAAUGGAUACAGCCAGCUGGGAAACGGGACCACCAACCAAGGCAUUGCCCCUAUUCAAGUCUGCACUAAUCUCUUGGUCAAACAAGUGGUUGAGGUAGCUUGUGGUUCACAUCAUUCCAUGGCUUUAGCAGCUGAUGGAGAGUUAUUUGCUUGGGGCUAUAACAACUGUGGUCAGGUGGGAUCAGGAUCUACAGCAAAUCAGCCAACUCCUCGGAAAGUUACCAACUGUUUACAUACCAAGAAAGUGGUCAACAUUGCCUGUGGUCAGACCUCAUCCAUGGCUGUUCUGGACAGUGGUGAGGUGUAUGGCUGGGGCUACAAUGGCAAUGGACAGCUGGGCCUGGGAAACAACGGCAACCAGUUGACCCCAGUGAGGGUGGCAGCCCUGCACGGCGUGUGUGUGAACCAGAUCGUCUGCGGUUAUGCACAUACACUAGCACUCACAGAUGAGGGACUGCUCUAUGCCUGGGGAGCUAACACAUAUGGGCAGCUGGGAACUGGAAGCAAAAAUAACCUGCUGAGCCCCACACAGAUCAUGGUGGAAAAAGAAAGGGUUAUAGAGAUUGCAGCUUGUCACUCCACCCACACAUCUGCUGCCAAGACGCAGGGCGGGCAUGUGUACAUGUGGGGCCAGUGCCGGGGCCAGUCUGUAAUCCUCCCGCACCUAACCCACUUCUCCUGCACCGAUGAUGUAUUUGCCUGUUUUGGCACCCCAGCUGUCUCAUGGCGCCUCCUGUCUGUAGAGCAUGAAGACUUUUUAACAGUUGCAGAAUCACUGAAGAAAGAAUUUGAUAGUCCAGAAACUGCAGAUCUGAAGUUUCGAAUUGAUGGGAAAUAUAUUCACGUCCAUAAAGCUGUUUUGAAGAUCAGGUGCGAGCACUUCCGGUCCAUGUUUCAGUCCUAUUGGAAUGAGGACAUGAAGGAAGUGAUAGAGAUAGACCAGUUCUCUUACCCUGUGUACCGUGCCUUUCUCCAGUACCUCUACACAGACACAGUGGACCUGCCACCUGAGGACGCUAUAGGCCUUUUGGACUUGGCAACAUCGUACUGUGAGAACAGACUGAAGAGGCUCUGUCAGCACAUCAUCAAGCGAGGAAUCACUGUGGAGAAUGCUUUCUCAUUGUUCUCUGCUGCAGUCAGAUAUGACGCAGAGACUCCAAGGAUCAAAGUCAGUUGUUAUAAGCAGCAGAUGUCCUUACCCACUGAGCCAUCUCAGCUGUUCCUGUUUUGUUGGCUUUAAACUUAGUUGGAUUUCAAGUCUGCAUUUCUCAGCUUUGUAGCAUCUGAUGAGUAGUGUUCUGGAAUGUGUACACCAUCGAACUUUCCUGACUGAGCAGAGCCGCAGAUUUGGAGCAGAAGCUGCCCCUGACAGACCGUGUGCUGAUGCAUGGCAGCCCAUGCUGCUGAACAGUGAAGACAGUGCAUGGAAGGCUGCAGGAGGCAUCGUUACUGAACUCAGACUGAUGUGCUUAGCUUUACAGAUUCAUAAAAAGUAAAAGGCUGACUUCGCUAAGUAACCAGAAGCCUGUCUUUUAGAGGUGUUUUGUCAUUGGGCAGUGCAGUCUCCAGUAACUGGGAAUUUAUCAGAGACCCGCAUUCUGACUCUUGAGGUGUAACAGGACAGACUUCCUGUCUGUGACACUUAGGGAAAGUUGACCGUUAUGCCUUUUAUUUUCAAAAAUGUGUCCUAUUUUUGCUUGAGGUUCUAUUAUGGUAAUAAAUAUUUCACAAGGUCAAAUGCAGCUGACUUUGGGGCCUGACAACAAUGGAAAUGUGGUUAGUGUGAGCUGUAGCUAAUGGAAGACAGGUGGGGUUUGCUUCCUCCCUUCCUGUACCACUGGGAGCCUGUGCUAGACUCCUUCUUAUACAACAGUAUGAGGUGGGGUUUGCUUCCUCCCUUCCUGUACCACUGGGAGCCUGUGCUAGACUCCUUCUUAUACAACAGUAUACUUUUAAAUUAGGUUGAUUGUAACUUUAAUUUUUUUCACUUCCUACUUUUAAUGAUGGUUCGUAAACACUUUAACCUCCCUUUUAGCCCACCAAAGGUGGGAGCAAAUGGGCCUUUUUAGAAAUGGUCUUUGGAGCAACUCCUGUCUGUGUUGUCCGGAUAUCAGCAGUUCAGUUCACAGGUCAGCAACGGCCGCUCGAGCUACUGGCAAACACUUCAUGGAUACAUCAGCAGUCCAGUUCAGUCAAGUCAGGAUAGUCAUGAAUCCGCAGCACGACGUGGCACGAAUCAGUGGCAUGACCUAGCAGAGACAGCCAAGCCUCAACCUUGGCACAAGUCAGCAGGAGGGACCAGGGCCAACAGGAACACCAGGAGAAGUUCUGGGCUGUCCUCUCUCAGCAAAGUGAAGAUCAGCAAGAGGUCAACAAGCAAGCAUCGCACAGCUGGCUGCACAAGCAAACCUCCCUCAGCCCUCGCUCCUGCCCUUCAAGCCCUUUUUAUAUUCCCUUCAAACAUCACGUGUCCCCCACUGGGCUUGCCUCAGCGCAUGUAUCUCUCUCAGCUGAUAGCACUCUGCCUUGGAAGCAGCAAGAAGCCACAGCGUACCACCAGAAGACUUUUGGUGUAGUUUCUUUCUAUGGCAUCCUGACAAAUGGAGCUCAACUCCACAGUGUAAGGCAGACCAAUACAUGCGUGUGGUUAGCAAGGAAUCUUUCAUCACGUGUCCUUUCAUGUGCUUGCUCUAACAGAACAUCCUUUUGCUUUAUGUUCACUUCAGAAAAUGUUCCUUCACAGGUCUGCCUUUAGCCUUUCACCUGUGCCCACUUCAGGAAAACACUCCUUCACGUGUUUGCCCCAGCAAAACACCAUCCUACACAACUGACUCUCCAAAGAGCCCUUUUCUCUCCUUUUGGAGAAUGAUUCUAGACUCUUCUUACGCUUCUCUACAUUUUUCCAUGCUCUGUGAUCAAUCCUGUUGAUUUAAAACAGCCCGGACAACCUGACUAGAGGCCCACAGCCUGGAUCCUGUUACUGGAAAUUUGUUCCCACUUUCACCUAAAACCACCUUUAAAAGUUUAGAGGAGAAGAUCAUCAGACAUGCACCUUUGAUCCAAGCAGUCAGGCCCAGAGAGGCAGGAGCAUCUUGGGUAGCAGAGGUGCCUGCUUUACAUAAUGAGUUGCAGUCCAGACAGAGCUACACAGUGAGACCUCGUCUAAAAAGAAAAAUAAAACCAACCGUAUAGGAAGAACUCAUGCCACUGCGGCUGGCAGCAGCCCACGUCCUUGGCUCGUCUUCACUUACGUAUAAAUACAUUAAUAACUGUUCCUUUACAGCGACUACAAAUGAAUGUGAUUACCUGGAGCUUGUCAGUGUGCAGGCAGAGCCAGAGCUCAAAACACAUGCUGAUUGAAUAAUCAGAUAUGCUUGAAACACCAAAAAUAUAUAUUGAAUGGACAAAUAUGUUUACAGCAUUUUACUAUAUUCAAGAUAGCAUACAAACCUUAAACUCCACAAAUAUGAUAUAUUCAAUGUGGAAAAGGAGUAGAAUCCUUAUGAUAUACUUCUUAGAUUUUAAUACUGAACUAUAUGAUCAAUGAGUAAAUGUUUACAUUUUUUUCUUAAUAUUUUGGAAUGUAGUAAGUGACCAUAGUAUUGAGCAUAGAAUUGAGUGUUCAAAUCCAACCCAUUUCUUAUAUAUGUUCUUAGUUGAUCAGAAGUGACUGAGAUUGUAAUUGAUGACAAAACUAAUUUUGGAAGCCCAGC